UAAAAGGGAACUAUAACCAGAUGGAGAAGAGAUAAUUCCUCUGUAUUAUUUGAAUAGCCACAACAAACCUUACAACUUUUUUUUUUUCCAUUUGCAAUUAGAUAGCAUCAAAUGCAAUGGCAUCUUCUGGAGCUUGGACGUAUCGAGAUCGAACUUCCGAGUUUGCAUCUUUGUCCAAAACAUUGAAGAAGAUCGCAGGAAGCACCGCACCAGAUCAUGAAUCACAACAGAAUUUUGCCCUUUCUACCACAAAAUUGCUAGCAACUCCAGAUCGAUCUGAAUUUAACAAGAAGGCUUCCAAAAUUGGGUUGACAAUCCACCAAACCUUUCAGAAAAUAGAUCGACUCGCUAAAUUAGCAAAACGAUCAUCGAUUUUUGACGAUCCAAGCAAAGAAAUCCAAGAAUUAACAACUUUCAUAAAAAAUGAUAUCACAACACUCAACGUGGGAGUAUCCGAUUUACAAGCCCUACAAGACAUGGAGGUAUCUGAUGGAACUCAUUCAAAAGAUACAGUUGUUCAUUGUACUGCGAUUUGUGAUGAUCUGAAGACGAGGCUCAUGGCAGCUACAAAAUCUUUCCAGGAGGCACUUACUAUUAGAACAAAGAAUAUGAAAGCACAUGAGGAUCGAAAACAAAUAUUUUCUACGAAUCUCGCUAGAGAAAAUCCAUUGAAACAACCUCCAAAGACUACUGUAGCAGAGCCACCCCCUUGGUCAUCAACUUCUCCAUCAUUACCGGCAAAUGAUGUUCAGGGCAGCAGCAACCAAUUAAGACGGAGAUUGGCUUCAGACAAUCCUCCGUCUCACGAAAUGGAAAUGUCCAUGUUACAGGAUCAAGUGGUUCCAAGACAAGAAAGUUACUCGCAAAGUAGGGCAACUGCUCUCCAAAAUGUUGAAUCGACUAUUUCAGAAUUGGGCGGAAUAUUCACACAUCUAGCUACAAUGGUUGCACAGCAAGGGGAGCUUGCUAUAAGGAUUGAUGAUAACAUAGAUGAGUCAUUAACAAAUGUUGAAGGUGCUCAAGGUGCUUUAUUAAAGUACUUAAAUCGAAUAUCAUCAAACAGAUCUCUCAUGAUCAAACUUUUUGUUGUUGUGAUACUUUUUCUCUGUGUAUUUAUAUUUUUUCUGGCGUGAUGUCGGUUAGGAGAGGUAGAUACACUGUCAUUGUUACAUCUAGCGGCAUUCCUCCACUAGAUGAUCAUGUGGGCUUAGAAGUAAUCAAAAGCCGAAUUCUCUCGAUAGCUUGCUCUGAGAGGUGUAAUACUUAGCUGUUCUUUGCAACAUAGGUGCUGCAGUGGCAAAUUUCUUGCAGAUAAGCACACAGACUCCUCCUUCUUUA